AUGACUGCUAUUAAUUACGUAGUGAAAAACGCCCACAAGCCAAUGCAUCCACUUCUAAUCCCAGGUAGGGACAACUCAUACCUGCCGCAGACCAAAUAUGAUCCAUUUAAUGAUAGCUCGGAUAUUCCUAGAGUAUCUAUUAUGUCAAACACAGAUAUUAUACACCUUUUGCCGCCUAUUGACACAAUGAAGCUCAAUGAAGCUGCAUUGGCAAAAACUGUUUCAAAGAAGAAGAGAAAACUUUCUUACAAUAAUACAUUGUACUCUAUGCCAUCUAAAAGAAAACAAAGAUCAGGACCUAGCUGUAACCACUGUAGAGCCAAAAAGACAAGAUGUGAUGCAGAAAUAACAGUUUUAUAUCAAGAUAAGAGCAUUAUUAAAGCUGUGAACGAUAAGUUAUUUUACAUUUUAAAUGAAGAAGAGCAAGAAUAUAUGAUUACGAUGAUAUCUAAAAAGGUUGGCAUAUCAGGAGAGGUUAUGGACCUCAUCGAAGAAAGUUCAUCUUAUAUCAUUAAACAAAUAGAUAAAAUUAUCUUAUUAGAACCUUGCACAUGCUGUUGCAAAAUUAGGAACAGAGUUGAUAUAGAUGUCAAUGCAGAAUUUACGGGUGACUGUACAUUUUCUAGUGGUCUAACUAGGAAAGAUAUAACAACAUUUGCCAAUGUGAUGCGAAGAUGCCCCAAGAAAACUUUUAUAACAGAUCUAACUCUUUUCGACUACCAAGAAGCGGAAUAUAUAAUAUAA